AUGGAUCAAUUCAAGUCUCCGAAUGAUCGAGAGGAGAUUCUGUCUCGUGAUCGUCGUACUUUGAAAUCUUGUCGAAGAAAUUUGAAUCAAACCCAACAAGAACUCGUCGAGGCUCGAGGAAAAAUCUGCGGACUCGAGAAGGAAAUUCAAUGCGAACAAAAGGAAAGAACUGAUGAAUUCACGGAGAUCAACUCGAAAAUUACGCAAAGUGAUGAUCGAUCGACGAAGAUUGAUGCUGAUUUGAAAGCCGAGAUAGAUUCCAAAGUCGCCGAAAUCUCAAGGGCUAUCUCCGCGAGAAUGGCUGAAAUUGAGACGGACUUAAUAGGGAAAAUCGCCGAGACGAAAAGGAAAAACGACGAUCUGGAAGCACAAUUAAAUCGAACGAGGACUUUCUUGGAUCUGGAUGGAUGGUCGUAUUUGGCAAAAACCGCUUCUUGGUACAAGGUUAUCGAUCAAAAAAUGACAUUCGAUGAAGCCGUGGCAUAUUGUGCGCGUCGAAAGAGCCAUUUAGUCUCAAUUCACAGUCAGGAAGAGAACAAUUUUGUUCAGGAACUCGCGGAAAAUGUUUAUUCGGGAUUAAAUGGGGGAUGGGGGUUCUCGAUUGGACUCAAGAGAAAUCCGAACAAAGGAAAUGCUUUUGAAUGGACGGAUGGAAGUUCGGUGGAUUUCACGAAUUGGUAUCCGAGACAGGAUUCGAACACCCACGCUUUGCUUUGGAGCGACCUUGGGAAAUGGGAGACCUAUCUUCCUACCCGUCCGUGUCGUUUUAUCUGCAAAACCAGCUCUCAAUUA